GACCAGGCAGGUGCAGCACCUAGUACAGGUGUGUUUGACUGUUAGACGGACGAGGACGCAGCCGGCAGCAGUUUUCCGUCCAUUCAGCUCAAAGACCUGCUAAUAGACCUGCACGGACAGAACCAGAGAAAGAAAUGAACUGGGGUUUUCUAGAGAAUGUUCUGAGUGGGGUGAAUAAAUACUCCACUGUGGUUGGACGGAUCUGGCUGUCCGUCCUCUUCAUCUUCCGCAUCCUCGUCUUCGUGGCUGCUGCAGAGCAGGUGUGGAAAGAUGAAAGCAAGGAUUUUGUGUGUAACACUCAGCAGCCCGGCUGUGAGAAUGUUUGCUUCGACCACUUCUUCCCCAUCUCUCAGGUGAGACUGUGGGCUCUGCAGCUGAUCAUGGUCUCCACACCUUCCCUGCUGGUGGCCCUGCACGUGGCGUAUCGUGAGCACAGAGAGAGCAAAUACGGCAAAAAGCUCUAUGAGGACAAAGGCAGGAUAGAUGGGGGUCUGUUGUGCACUUAUCUGCUCAGUCUGGCACUGAAAACAGCUUUUGAGGUGGGGACACUUCUGACCUUCUAUCUCCUGUACAACGGCUUCGACGUGCCCCGACUGUUGCAGUGCGAGGAGACCCCCUGUCCCAACCUGGUGGACUGCUACAUUUCCAAAGCCACGGAGAAGAAGAUCUUCCUCUACAUCAUGGGCUGCACCUCAAUACUGUGCAUCAUUCUGAACGUGACUGAGACGCUGUACAUCAUAUCCAAACAGUGCUGGAAAUGCUUCAGCAAGAGAUACAUUCCAGUGAAUCAUAAGGAGACCUGCCCUUGUCAUCCGCCGCCAACCCUCACCCUCGGCUCGCCUGGACCAAAGCCUGAAUCUGUCAGUAAAGAGAAGGGGAUUCAGUUUCAGUCACCGCAGCUGGCGAAGGAACCAACCUGAGCAGUUUGAUACAUCUCACUUUACACCAGUUUCUGCACAUUUGCACAAAAAUACAUGUAUAAUCUGUAAAUAGUGUGAUUGUAUAAGGAUCCCUGUUUUUUAUGUAUGUACUCAGAUUUAUGUUCUUAUGUUCAUUUUAAUAUAACUAUGUCAUUAAAGAGUCUACAUAUGUCUUGUA